GUGGCAGUCCCUCGGUCGUGACCUACCGUUGCAGAAUCCUCGUUCCGUUACCGUUCCGUUUCCGUUUCGUUUUCGCGUUUUAAGCGCUAGUUCUUCAACGGAACUCUUACCCAAACGCCCUGCUUUGGACCAUGGCUCUAGAGCUUGCGGCUUCCGCGGCGAUUACCUCCGCGCCUCGCCCCGCGCCACCCCCCUCACCUCCCCCUAACCUCUUCGCCGUGACGGGCUUUAAGCCCUUCCUAGGAGUGGCUAAGAACCCCACAGAGGCAAUCGUGCGCGCGCUGCCCGCGUAUCUGGCGGAGCGGAACGCGCUUCCGGAGGGGUGGGCGCUGGGGUGCUGCUGCGUGCUGGAAACCGCGGGGAAGGGCUACCUCCCGCAGCUGCUGCGCAUCCUCGACAAUCCCGAGGGGCUUCCGCCGCUUCCGCCGCUUUUGCCGCCCGCGCACGGCACAGAAGGGGGGGGGGAAGGCGCGGGAGAGAAAGGCGGAUGGGGGUCGGCGGGAGGAGGAGUAUGGGGGAGAAUUAUGGGGAAAGGCGGGAGGCGCAUGGCGUUGGGAGAAUCGGCGCUGACGGGGAGUGAGGGGGGGGAAGUGGGUGCAUGCGCGGAAGAGGAAGCCCAAGCAGAAGCGGAAGGGGAGAGGGCGGGGGAGGCGGGGGCAACGAAGAGCGGGGAGCGCGCGGCGGGAUUCGCGCAUCCAGCGGAAUUGGCGGAGGGGGCGGGCGCAGGGGAGAGGGAGUCAAGAGCGUGUGGGGGAAGCAUGGGCGGAAGAGCAGACGCUUUUGGUGGAAGAAGAGUGAUAUGGGUGCAUCUGGGGGUGAACAGCGGUGCAUCCAAGAUAGCAGUGGAGCGGCAGGCGGCCAAUGAGGCCACCUUCAGAUGCCCCGAUGAGAUGGGCUGGCAGCCACAGAGGGAGCCAAUAGCACCGGAAGAUGGGCCGAUUACCGUCCUCAGACAGACCACCCUGCCUGUGCUGCAUCUGGUGGACACCCUCCAUAAGCGGGGCUUCACUGUGUGCACCUCCUUUGACGCCGGCCGCUUCGUGUGUAACUACUCGCUGGGACAUGCUGCCACUGCCACCAUCACGCCCAGCACCACCAGCACCGCUGCUACUACUCCCACCACCAUCAAAGCAGCAGCGGAGUUUGCACCAGCAGCAGCAGCAGCUGCUGCUGCUGCUGCUGCAACAGCUGCAACAGCAGCACCAGUACAAGCAGGAGCAUCAGCAGGAGUAGGAUCAGACACUAAGCACAACCUACACACUCACCCCCAGAGCUCCUCUCACUCACUCCCUGCCCUCUCCACCACUCACACUCCUCAAUCUCCUGCUGUGGCGCAAAGCAUGCAAAGCGUGCAGCAACACCUACCGAGAGUGCAGAGCGUGUUUGUGCAUGUGCCCACGUUCGAGACCAUCUCCGAGGCUGCUCAGCUGCGCUUCGUGGCAGCGCUGCUGGAGCUCCUCGCAUGCACUUGCCCUCCAGACACCUAGGACGGUGCCGUGGUACGGUGUGUCUAGGCACGUGUCCUGACAUCUAGACAGGUGCCAUGGUACAGUGUGUCUAGGCACGUGUCCUCCUGACAUCUAGACAGGUGCCAUGGUACAGUGUGUCUAGGCACGUGUCCUCCUGACAUCUAGACAGGUGCCAUGGUACAGUGUGUCUAGGCACGUGUCCUCCUGACAUCUAGACAGGUGCCAUGGUACGGUGUGUCUAGGCACGUGUCCUCCUGACAUCUAGACAGGUGCCAUGGUACGGUGUGUUAGGCACGUGUCCUCCAGACAUCUAGGCAGGUGCCGUGGUACCGUACUUUGCAGACGACGAGCCAGGCGUGUCUCGUGGCAGCGCUGCUGGAGCUGUACGUGUCUCCUCGCAUGCACUUGCCCUCCUGACAUCUAGGCAAUCACGGUGUUACUGUUGAGUUGCCUCAAAGCGGCUCCUCCUCACAUCCACAACAAGCCAGGAGUGACUCGGAGUGACAUCUAGGCAAGUGCUGUAUGAUACUCUGCUAACAACAGGCCAGGCGCGUUUUGAGCAGUGCUGCUGGAGCUUCUUGCCUCCACCACACCACGUGUUGUUGUGACACUUAGGCAAUUACCGUACAGUGCAUUUGAUAAUGCUUUUGACAGUAGUUUGAUGGUGUUUUUCUAAGUGGGUAGCAAGCCAGACGUGAUAUUUGAGCAGCCCAU